AUGUCGAAAUUUUUCAAAAAUUUAAUGAGGAAGAAAACCCUAAACAAUACAAAUUACGAUGAAGUAAAUUACACGGACAUGGAGGGCUCUCCCGUUUAUGGUGCACUACCGGUUGACUCCUACCUAGUUGGUGGUUAUGACUCUGAACCCAUAAAAGAUAUUCGACUCGUCUUUGAAGGAGAAAAUAAAGAUACUUUUGUUCUAGUGCCUGGUUUAUUACCCUAUGACACAAUUGAAAUCGGUGGAAUUAUUAUUGCUGACUACUGGGGUGAUGUGAAAGAGCAGGUUGAGGAUCCUUGUAUCACCAGUCCUAGCCCUUUUGGAUCGCUUCACGAUCGAGCGGUAGAAUUAUAUUAUCAAAUAAAAGGUGGUCAAGUGGAUUAUGGACUAGUUCACUCUCAUCAGUUCUGUCAUAAGCAAUUGGGUGAAACAUAUGAAGGUCUGGUACCAAAUUGGAGUCCAGAGAACCCUAUCGUCCUUAUAGGAAAAGGUUAUGGUGCAACGACCGCCCUUUAUCUUCAACAUCUUCUUUCUACUAAUUUCUUCGGACAACACACAGCUGGCAAAAUGAUUAAAGGCAUUAUUUGUUGGUCUGCUCCACAUCGUGGUUCCACCCUUCCUUACUAUCUUGGCCUUGAACCUGGUUCAAGAUGCCUCGUACAUCCUUUCUCAAUCUUACAAUUAUUAUUAUCCCUUAUUCAUCUCAUUUGUUAUUUCACCUUCCUCGAAAAACUUUUCAACUUCGGAUUGAAUGAUAAAUUUGGUCUCGCCCCGAAAAGCGAAGGUGGUGAACAGUCUUUAGGGAGUGCCCUUUCUGCACGUAGCAGAUUUUCUUGUUUUGGUGAUAAUUUCUUGGCUGAUUGGUCUGUAGAGGGUGCGAGAAUGCGCUACGCCGGUGAUGAAAAAGAUAAACAUUAUUUGGAUCCUCAUUGUAUUUAUCUAAAUUAUGUUUCAACCGGCCGUACUUGGAAGUCAAAAAUAACCGGACAUUACUGGCCACGCUUGUCAUGGAGAAAUAUCCCUACAUGGUUUAUUUCCAUUAUGCUUGGUCGUUAUAAACUUGCUACUGAUGCUGAACGACAAGUUUUACGUACUUCAUCUUCUACUUAUUGGCAAAAUGAUGGAACGCUUUCUGUUCACGCUCAGCUUCCACCACCACAUCAACAUGUCUUAAUGAAUAUAGCCCUUGAUCAAAGGUUAUAUGACCCCGUAGAACAUGAAAUCACUCCUGGUGUCUGGUAUAAUUUAUACGUUAAUGAUCCUUCACAAACCGUUCUAUUUAAUAGUGUACCUAGCUUUAUUACUUUAUCAUUCAUCGAUUACAUCAUCAAUUGGUCUUUUACCAGCCAUUUUAUUAAUUCCCUAUCACGACAUUCUGAAAGUUUCGAAUCUUUUUAUAUUCGCUUUAUUGAAUUCUGUGAACGCAGCUUUAGAUUUUCUUCUAAGAAAUCACAUAUAAAUUAUGAUGACAAUGUGAGCUUCUCUGAUUCUUCCGCCAAAUCAUAUUUUCCCACCACUACCUCUGAACGCACAGAUAAAUUCACAAGCGACAAAGCUGGAUUAGAAUGGAUCCACAAAAUUGAAACAAUGGAGAUUCUUACAAGUCCUAGCAAAAUGCUUUAUUGGAUGAAUCAGAUGCAAUCUACCUUAGAUAACGGCUCUCCUUUAUCUGAAACUGGAAAAAAGAAUGAUUUCUCUUUUUCUUCUACUACUUCACUUAUGCAAGGACCAAUGUUCAUUAAAGCUAAACGUAGAUUGACUGCUGAUGAUUAUAAAGCAUCUGUGAUGAAUUGUGAUGGUUCAUGA